GUCCAAGACUAUGUCAACUCAAUACCGGAUCCUAAUGGACGAAAUCAAUCAUCUCCAUCAUUUUAUGGUCAAAGUGGGUAUCAGUUUUUAUUUCCGACUUUCACUUUUAAAAUCUGACUGAUCUAAAUAAUCGACGUAUAUUUUCAGGUAUUCCCCAACUUCGCUAUACAGGCAAACAGGCAUGUUUUGGGUUGGCUCCUGCAACACCCGCACGCAGGUAAGUUUUCAGUUCUAAACUGUCCCAAUCACUAAAACCAUUUUUCCUAGAGGUUUUGUGUGAGUUAUAUCACUCAUUGGUCUAGGCUCGAUUGUAUAAAGGCCGGAUAGCGACAGCCAUCGGAUAUUACACUAAACUAACCGUAUUUAUACUGGAUUGCUGUAUCAGUUCUAAACUGUUGUCUAUGGAGGUCCAGUAUAAGAGCCACCCCUUAUUGGUAAAGUGUAGGGUGUUAGUUACAGUCAUUGAUGGUAAUUAUCGAGUGGAAAUUUAUAUACAUUUUAUUAGACCUAACCAGAAACAGCUGCGAAAAUGCAACUUUUUAGGUCCCUGGUAGGAAUCGAACCCUGCGAUUCCGGUGCAGCUCUCUAACCGAUUGAGCUACAGAGGCCAGUUGUCGAGCUCUGGCCACAAGUUCCUGGAGAAAACCUGAGGUAUUUGGUAGAGUCAAACUGGAAGUACUCUUUUGGUAAAAUUAUAACCAGCCAGAUUUUUAAACAAGAAUGUCACCCUGUGUUACUACAGGGAAAAACCUAAACAAAAUUGACUUACUUUAUACCAGGGUUCGUACAAUACUUGAAAGUGCUUGAAUGUCCUUGAAUUUGAAAACAAAAAUCCAAGGCCUUGAAUGUCCUUGAAUUUGUAAAGAAGUGCUUGAAUGUCCUUGAAUUCUUCUUGCUUUAGUUUUUGGAUAUUUUCUGAAAUUGUUUGACAUUCAAGACGGACAUUUUGUUGAACUGAUUUUGCAUGUUCAUAUCUGACAUCAUUAUAAAGUUACGUUUUGAACAAUUCAACGUCAGAUUUUACUGAUUUCUAACGCCUUCUUCAGUAUUUAGUCCUUGAAUUUGCUGAUACAUGGCCUUGAAUGUCCUUGAAAAGUCCUUGAAUUUGACUCUUCCUGACAUGUACGAACCCUGUAUACUGGAUAGUUGCAUUGUUCUUUCAGUUUACAUCGUUGGUCAGUACAAGGAAAAAAGGCAAACACGAGUGAUGUUGAUGUUACAGAUGAUGAGGCGGAUAGCAGUUUUAUUGGAAGAUAUAUGGCGAGGCAGAUACGUUUAAGUAAGUGGAGAGAAAUAUAGUACCAAAGAGCUGAGGGCUAAAUGCCCCCUCCCCCCCGCCCCAAUAUCAGCAGAAAUGGCGAGAAAGUUCGGCAGCGGACUUCAUCAGUUUUGCAUGCAGAUUCCCAAUUGAGAUCGUGUGACAUUUAUGCAUGAAUAUGAAUGAAAAAGUGACAUGCACUGAAAUGCAUGAGGAGAUCUACUCCCACCAACGAUUCGGCAAAUUUUGUUGGGUAUCGCUUUUCGUGACAGUUCAUCUAAUGUCGUAUUUACACACAAAGGCGAGUCCUCUGUAGUCAAGAGAAACAACGCACUCCAGUUUGUCUGAGAAGAACAACCCAAAUAUAUUUUUUACCAGUGAUCCGUGCUUAAUGUAUUAGGGUAUUGAUCACGUUUCACGAAAAUAAAACAAUUUCACGGCGAUUCGCGAGGAAGAGAACUUCCAUUUCACGAAACAGUGAGUCACGAUUGUAAUUAGCCUUACUGCCUUUUCCAAAUCUGAGAUUGUACGUAGUGAAUAAGGGAUUUGUAUAACUAUAUUUGUGAGUAUAAUCAAUAUUGAAAAAAUUACUUAAACCAGAGUUUUAUGUUUAGGAUUUUUUACCCCAAAUUAUUAAAGCCAUUAUUAACUUUUUUUCAAGCCAUUCAUAGAAAGGACACUAACAAACCUUCGCCCAAACACGAGAUCGCAAGCAAACUACAUCGUUGUAACGCGAGCUACAAGAUGAUUGCCACUGCCCAUGCAGGCGACUGGGAGGGACGUAUCGAGGAACUGAGGACACGUGUGGAUAAAAAAGACGAUAGGGGACAGUAUUGUGCUCGUCAUGCUGCUAUGUUAAGAAAGGCAAAUGAAAAAAAGGGGAAGAAUGAAUUGACCACUUCACCGCCAAAAGUGAGUAAACAAUGUACUACUAUAUUUAGGAGUUAAAAAUAAAAAGUAAUCUUAUUAUUUCUGUUGGAUAGUUCUAUCAGCUUUAAAAACUAUUCUGGCUGGAGGUCCAGUGGGAGCCAUUGGAGGCCCUCUGGUAGAAAUCGAGCCUGCAGCCGUGUGAUUCCGGUACAGCGUUCUAACCAACCAUAGGCUAUCGAAGGGAAGAUGGCUGUGAAACUUAUUAGAAUAACAAUAUAACUCAUUAUCUAUGUUAGUCAACGUUUAUUCAUAAAUCUGGUCCUUCACCGUCGCGUGUGUAUUGUAUUUUUGCCAAAUCCACCAAUAGCAAUUUCCAAUUUACCCUAUUGUUCGAUUCACGGAUAGGUAUACUUUCCUAAAACAUUGCUAUUGGUUAGUUGGGCAAAAAUACAACACACACGUGACGGCGAAGGACCAGAUUUAUGAAUAAACGUUGACUAACAUAGAUAAUGAGUUAUAUUGUUAUUCUAACGAGUUUCACAGCCAUUUCCCCUUCGAUAAGCUACGAACCAACUGAGCUACAAAGUCCAGCUCCUGAACAUUAACCACGGAUACCUAUACUCAAAUAGUAUAUUGUGUUCUCUGUUUUUGAACUUUUAGAUUUCGUCAAGUCAUGAAAACGUCGAUGGGGAAAAUUUGCAGGAGGAGACCUCACAUAAAGCGGGCUUGACACAAAAAGAUAGUGAGAAAACGUGUCUGGAUAAACGAAGCAAUUCUGACAGCAGUUUUCCCAUCGUAAACAUUCAAAGCGUGAAGACGAAUGACCGCAACAGAGAGAAGAGAUUAUUUAACUUCAGAGGAGGUAUAACUAGGCAUUAUUUUACCGUUCCUGUUGUAUUCGAACUACCUGAAAAAAUAAAACUAAUGUAGACUAACUUUAUUAAGACUGGAUAGCUCUAUCAGAUCUAAACUGUUCUCUCUAAAGGGUCCUGUAAGGAUCGUUACAACAGGACGAAAUCUAAACUAAACUAACCUUAUUUACACUAGAUAUCUCUAUCAGUUCUAAACUGUUCUUCCUAGGGCUAGAGGUCCAGUAAGAGUCAUCUCUUAUUUGGUACAGUGUUACUACAGGAAGAACCUAAACUAAACUGACUUUAUUUGUACUGUAUAGCUUUAUCAGUUCUAAAAUGUUUCCCUUAGCGAUCUAGUAAGAAUCAUCCCUUGUUGAUCCAGUCUUACUACAUGAAUAAAACUAAACUAAACUAACUUUACUUAUACUGAAAAGUUCUAUUAGUUCUAAAUUGUUUAAAUUCUAUUCCGGACAUAAUAUUUUUUCCUGAUCGUCUUUGUUCACGUACCGUUUCCCGUUCAGUUUUUUUUUAUAGUUUUCCCUAAUUAUUUUUUAAAUUAAUCAGUUUCACAUAAAUAUUUUAGUUUUUGCCUUCCUAUCCAAUUGAUCUUUUUUUCGUUUGGCAAAGCAGUUAUGGAUAAAAUAGUUUGCCGACUACCUGACGACUUUGGGGUGGUUCUACCAUAUCUCCCCUCGAGUGCCGCCCCCAUGCGACAGAAAUUAUAAUUAGACAACUGGAAUCGAACCUGUCUUAGUGAAAGCAAUAUUCUCAAGUUUUAUGUUGUAUUUCGUAGUGAUCCAAAAAUCUACGAAGGCUGGCUAUAAUUUAUCUCGCGAACAUCGAAAUUCAUCUUCCACAGAUAAUGGCUAUUUCUCAUUUGUUGAUAGCAAAGAUAAACAGGCAAGUGUAAAAAUACUUAGCAACUGCUCUCUAUAAAUUCCAAACUAUUCUUCUUAAGGAUCUUCAUGUAUUGCUCCAGUGUUACUAUACAGGGAGAAACCAGCAUUGUUUGUCAUACUGGAAGCCCUCUUCUCAUAUGCGAUUGAAAUUUUAGUCAGACAAGUGUAGAAUACGUGAAUCAAACCCUUUGAAAACCUUUCAACAUUCAGUUCUAUCGAGCAAGAUGCUAAUAAUGCUGAAUAUUAACACAGUUUGCAAAGACGAAAGGCGCACCAUUAACUAUUGUGCUACCAAUAACACCCUAACUGAGUAACUUCGGGGGUAAGAAAGUGCAUUGGACGUGCUAACUAUCCUUACUUGCAGCUGAGAGCUAAGCUGAAUUGCAAAGGAUGCAGCUCAACCUGAUCCAGUCGAAGGCCCAUUGAAGCCCGGCUGGGCAAACUAGGAAACAUUGUUGUGGAAACAUUUGUGAUUCUCGAUGUUUCCUCGAAUGUUUCCUUGGUUACCCACCCGUGGAAACAUUGUUGCGGAAACAAGUAUAGCUAUAUGUUUCCUAGUAGCUAUGUUUCUCACUAAUGUUUCCUAGUGUUUGCCCACUCUUGGAAGCAUGGUGAAGCAUUGGUAAGAAACAAUGUUUCCGCAACAAUGUUUCCUAGUUUGCCUAGGGCUUAGGGCGCCUCUGUGGCAGCCACCUUAUGACUCAUGUCUAAUCACGGAGCACAACUACGGUGGAAGGUUCAGUUAGGAGUUAAUUCCAACGCACCUUGUCAACAUUUCCUGUGGGAGGAAAUCGGAGUACCCCGACACAGAGUACUACGGCCUCUCUUUAGGGCACUUGCUAAGAAUAUGGCGGACUGGGAAAAAAAUAAUAAAAAGUGAGACUUCUAUAUGGUAUUUACUCUGUGACCCGGAGAAAACCCACGACUUUCGGUUGAGCGUUGACUGACUCUUGUCCCCAGUGAGAAUUGCAUGAACCCACGAUCUCACAGACUUGUUCUGGAAACCGAAUUUAUUUCCCAUGCAGUGAUAAGGAGCCCAAUGACAUUCUAAAAGAAACAUCUUUCUCUUGUAGCAACCAAGUGGUUCACAAGCUGCGCGCGUGUCGAAGUCGGACAAUUCCAUGACGCAAUCAGCACAAGCGACCUCACACGAAUUACACAAGAAUCGGAAGAACUUCAAAUCUGCUGACAAAUCUGGGGCAGUUUUUUGUUCAGAUGAAGAGGAUUUAACAUCCGAACAAAAUCUUCCCAAAGCUUCAGAAGAACUGACAACGGAAGCAGUUGGACGUUUGCGAAAGAAAAUACAAAACCUAAACUCGACGGGGUAUGUGUUACAUACGCCUUUCAUAUUUGGUCCACAAGCCAGUGGGUGAUUCCAGCUAUAGCCUAAAUUUUAAUCAAGGCAAGAAGAACGAAAUCCAACACCAUAGCUAGAAAGAGCGUCUUAGAAUGAGUAAAAUGGCAAAGAUUGGUUGCUAAAUGCUGUGAAGAACAUAUAGCCCCGUGAAGUUCGCAAAUUUUGUAUAUAUUUGUAUUACGCGCGGUAAAAAUAACCACUUUCGGCUCAAAAAUGGUUUGCCCAUUUUUUUUUAUAAAUAAAGUUAGUUUAGUUUACGUUCCCUCCUGUAGUAACACUAGACCAAGAGAUAGCGAUUGCUGGACCUCUGUGCAAAUAACGUUCUGCAGUAACACUGGACGAAUAAGGGAUGUCUCUUAUACCGGACCUCUAGUGAGAACAGUUUAGAACUGAUAGAGCUAUCCAGUGAAAAGUUGUUAAAUAUAGAUUUGCUCUUAUAUUACAGACAUGUGGUUAGCUUCGCGCUGAAUAAUCAAGUAAAUGACGUCGAAGAAGAUGUAUGUAUCAAAAAUUUUCUCAUUCUGGUAAUUGCAGCUUGACUACCAUCAGCUGCAUAAGUCAUAGUGACACGUACGCCCACGUAUUAAUCAAAAUCAUUUUCAUUAGAUCCAGAAAUCUCUUCUUGAUGAAUACAGGACUUUUCAGACCAAACACCUUGGCGGGCAUCCAAAAACAAUUUUCAAGAAUAAAAGUAGCAAUUCAAGACAAAAAGCACACGAGAAAAAGGUACGUAAGGUUUAUAAAUGUAAAGUUCAGGCAGUAAGAAUUCAUUCAUAAAAUCUUUAUUUUAUUCGCUCAUGUACACACGUAAAAAUGCACAACUUAUAAACCUGCAGCAAACUUGUAGCAAUGCUGUUUCAACAACUUGUCAUCAGGACGUGUUCGCACUACUUGUUCCAAGCUUGUUAACAAUAAAGGAAUACCGAAUGGUUUUCCGUGCUGGAUUGCGUGAUCCAUGCACGAGGGAUGUCACGAGACUUUCGGGAAGCGUAAAAAUACUCGAGCCGCAGGCGAGUGUAUUUUUACGCUUUCCAAAAGUCGAGCAACAUCCCAUUCCCAAGUGCAUGGAUCACGCUAUCCUGCUUCAGCUUGGAAAACCAUUUGGUAAUUGUUUUAUAAAAUAACUACAGUGAAACAAUGACAUUUUGAGAAUACCGCGAAGGCAUUUUAACUCCUCGUGCAGGAUAGCCUGAUCCUGCACGGCUAUUGACCGAUCAUAUUGCGUGUUUUACUGUAGUGAUUAUAUAAAUGUAUUUCUUACAAGUUGUUCCGAGAACUUGUUAUCGUUGUGCAACGGUGCAAGUCAACCAGUUUGAUAACAAGUUGUGAGUGACAAUCUUGCAGGCUUGCAACAACUUGACAACAUUGUUACAACUUGUUGACAAGCUUGCUACAAGCCUGUUGUAACGCAUCUUGUUGACAAGAUGUGACAUUUUUGCGUGGGUAUACAUACGGUUGUUUCAGCAAGCUGAUAUCAAGGUGUGUUUGUACUUUGUACUGCUUGUUCUCAGAUUUGCUGCAAUAGAUUUGCCCCACAAGGUUUACCCAACAAACUCUUAUCAUGUUGUGUUUGCACUGCGUGUUGCCAGCUUAUUCAGAAGUAGUUAAUUAAAGACCUGCAACAGAUUUGCUACAGCUUGUUACAGCAAACUGAUAUUGUGUUGUGUUUGCACCUGCAACAGACUUGGCACAACAAAUUAAUAUCAUGUUGUGCAACCACUGCUUGUUCCCAGGUAGUUGGGAAGUUGUUGCAGAUCUACCACAUACUUGUUCCAAGGUUGUUCCAACAAGCUCAUAUCAGAUUGUGUUCGUGCUGUUUGUUCCUCAAGGUUGAUGGCUCAGGUUUUCACAAGUUUUUAUUAAACAAGACAUUUUUUCCUUUUCAUUUUAGGAUUUUUAAUCAUGCAACCCAUGUAAAGAGAUCAAAACAUAUUUAUUGUGUAAAUUAUUUAAAUGUCUAUUUAAGG